CUUUGGGUCCUUAGGCGGCCUAGCUGACGUAAUAGUGAUUUACUGGACGUUAUUUUUUCCAUGGGUUCGUUUUACCUACUGGAGUGACCGUUAUUUAAAAAUAAAGUUAUAGCUCGAUACAAUUAAACUGAGUUCAUCAUGGACGAUGAAGAGGAGACCUAUCGACUGUGGAAAAUUCGUAAAACGAUAAUGCAGCUCUGCCAUGACCGGGGAUAUUUGGUGACACAGGACGAGUUGGACCAAACUCUGGACGAGUUUAAAAGCCAAUUCGGCGACAAACCCAGCGAGGGUCGCCCUCGCCGUACGGAUCUCACCGUCCUCGUAGCGCACAACGAUGACCCCACGGAUCAGAUGUUCGUUUUCUUUCCCGAGGAGCCCAAAGUGGGCAUUAAGACCAUAAAGAUGUACUGCCAGCGGAUGCAGGAGGAGAACAUCACCCGUGCAAUUAUUGUAGUACAGAUGGGCAUGACGCCUUCUGCCAAGCAGUCAUUGGUGGACAUGGCACCGAAGUAUAUUCUAGAGCAGUUUCUGCAGCAGGAGCUGCUAAUCAACAUCACAGAACACGAGCUUGUCCCUGAGCACAUAGUGAUGACAAAGGAGGAAGUGACGGAGCUGCUCGCUAGAUAUAAGCUGAAGGAGAGCCAGUUGCCGAGGAUUCAGGCCGGAGACCCUGUCGCUCGAUACUUCGGGCUGAAGAGAGGCCAGGUGGUGAAGAUCAUCAGGCCCAGUGAGACUGCAGGUCGUUAUAUCACAUACAGACUUGUGCAGUAGAGGGCUGCUCUGGUAAGGAGUCAACCACCCAGAAGUGACCAGAAGCCUGGAUGUUGGAGGAUGCGUGGCGGUCGGCACUGGAGUGAUACGGCGGCUGCUGCGCAGGCCCUUUAAUUAAGUGAAAGGAUGUAUGAAUCUAGGAAGGCUUUUGGAUUUUGAAAAAAAGUCUUUUUAGAAAUCAUCCUUCAUUCUUCUCUCGUGUAAUUGUUUCUAAAACGAAACUUGUGAAAUUGUUCGGUUAUUCAUUAAAACUUGUUUUUGUAAAAUGUA